ACCCCCUUUGAAAAUGGAAGGGGAAAGAUGAUGAUAACGAACAGUCGAACAGAGAGAAUGUUCCAAAUUUAAAUUCAAAAACAGAUGACAUUGAAAUUGAAUCCCAAUCUUUUGAUGGGAACACAAACACUACUCCAUUCACAGAUUUACCCCCAGUUACAAACCCAUUAUAAUUACCAUUACACCCUCAUCGUCCCCUCCAAACUCAGAUCCAUUUUUGCAAACACAUACUCUACAUUUGCGAGCAGACGUAUAAGUACUGGUAGAGCACCAGAGAUUAGGGCUACUAAGGUCUCGGAUGCUGCACAAUUCAAGCAAAACUGGCUCGAUUCUCUCACUUCCCCUCCUCUUCAAACUCAAACUCAAACCCUUGAUGAUUCUAAAUGGGUUCUGGGUGUCGACCCGGAUCUUUCCGGUGCUUUAGCCGUCUUGAAAACCGACCACACCGGUUCCUCGGCUCAGGUAUUUGAUACUCCGCAUUUGCCAGUUUUAGUUGGUGGUAGAGUUCGAAAACGUUUGGAUGCCAAGUCUAUUGUUCUGUUGCUUCGUAGAUUAGAUGCUCCAGUUGGAACGACUGCAUAUAUAGAGCAAUCAAUCCCUUAUCCAAAAGAUGGGAAACAGGGUUGGUGGAGUGGAGGAUUUGGAUAUGGAUUAUGGAUUGGGAUAUUGGUUGCCUCUGGCUUUUCUGUAGUUCCAGUACCAUCUGCAAUGUGGAAGAAUGAGUUUGAACUCUCAGGAGGCAUGACUAUGAAGGAUGAUAGUAGGAGGCUUGCGUCCACAUUAUUUCCAUCUUUGAGUUCCCUACUGCAACGGAAAAAGGAUCACGGAAGGGCUGAGGCUCUUCUGAUUGCUGCAUAUGGAAAAGGUCUGAAGUUAGACUCAUCAAGCCUGUCCGAGGAAUUGGUUCCUUCAAAUGAGGAAGUUAUCUUUUCAAACGAUGUGAUAUCUUGUAAAGAAUGAUCUGCUAACAUAAAAUUAGCUUCUCGGUACAUAGACCUUGAUUUGCUUUCGGCUUCUGAACAUCAGUGAGGGUGUCGAGGGAUGAAUUAUUGCAGGAGAAUUAGAACAAGAGAUGCAAGUAACAAGAAGAGACUUUUGAGGAUGGCUGUAUAUUAUGACCAUUCUUCACCGGAGUCAUAUUGUUGUUAUAGAAUAGUUGUUACUUGUUAUUGUAGCUCUGA